AUGAAGUACCUACUCUUCUCGGCACUGCAGUGCCUGCUUCUGCCGGCCGCUCUCGCUCAAUGCUCGGAUCAGGGCGAGACUUUUCAGCGUGAUGUGGUGAUUCUCGGUGGUGGUUCCAGUGGAUUGUAUUCAGCUGUUCGCCUACAACAGAUGGGGAAAAGCGUGGCGGUCGUGGAGAAACAGGGUCGACCCGGUGGCAACACCAACACAUACAAAGACGAAGCUACCGGAAAGACUUUCGACUACGGCGUUAAGGUUCUUGUCAACACGUCUUUGGUCUACAACUUCUUCACCAGUCUGGAAAUUCCUCUGGCUCCACUCGGUGCCGUGUCACCUGCGACAAAGACCGUUGCGGCGGACUUUGCACAUGGAGAGCUCGGUCCUCAGUGGCCAGUCGUGAAUGCGAACGACUCUCUCGCUGCUCUCGAAAGGUACAAGGUCCAGCUGGCGAAAUACUCCCCGGAGUUCUUUCGUGGCUACCAUCUUCCUGACCCAGUACCGGAAGACUUGUUGAUACCGUGGGGCGAAUUCCUGGCGAAGUACGACCUUGGACCACUGGCGUAUGAUGGUUUUGGCCAGUUUCAAGGGAUGGGCAAUAUCCUCGCCCAGCCAACUCUAUAUAUGAUGAAGCUUUUCAAUCCAAUGCAGGUGGAGGCGCGGGAAAAGAAGACUAAAGUCUCAGAGGCGAACGGCAACACGCAGGCACUUUGGGAUUCCGCCCAGCGAUACCUAGGCGAGGAGUCUUUGAUUCUCAACUCGAAGGUGACCAGUAUCAAACGUCACAACGACGGCGUCGAGGUCGUGGUCUCAACGCCCACAGGCACCAAGACUAUUCACGCCUCCAUACUCAUAAUCACUGUUCAACCGAAACUCGACUUGCUGAGUCCAUUUCUCGACCUCACAGAUGAAGAGAACCAGCUCUUCGGCCAGUUCAACAACAGCUACUACUCCAACGCCGUGAUCGCCAACACCGGACUUCCCGAAAACACAACCAUUAUCAACUACGACCAGCACGCCACUUACGGAUUGCCUCCACUGCCGGGUAUCUACAGCGUGGAUUACCAGCCAAUUCAAGGCCUCCGCAGUGUACAGCAUUCCAGUCCGAGCCCAGUAACCGACGAAGAGAUCAAAGCUGAUAUUCUUGACUCCGUGGGUCGGGUCCGGAAAGCGCUCAGUCUGCCAAAUCCGGAGGAAGAGACGGAGAUCAUCUGCUUCAACAACCAUUCGCCUUCUGGAUUGGCCGUGUCAGUGGAUGCGAUCAAGGCUGGGUUCUUCAAACGAUAUGUUGCACUUCAGGGUCAGACGAGGACGUUCUGGACUGGUCAGGCGUGGACGUCGGGUAGUUCAAGCACAAUCUGGGACUUCACAGAGGUGGAGGUUCUGCCUGCUGUAAUUUCUGCGCUGGGCGGUUGA